AUGGAGCUCAGGAAAACGAAUGGGAGUUUUCUGGUGAUCAUGCACUCAUUCGUCCUCAUCAUUGGCCUGGCUGGGCUGGCAGGAAACGCGGUGGUGCUCUGGCUUCUCGGCUUCCGCAUGCGCAGGAACGCCAUCCGGUCUAUCUACAUCUUCAGUCUGGCUGGAGCUAACUUCGUCUUCCUCUGCAACCAAGUGAUACUUUCCGUGACCUACUUCUUCCACACCUUCUGUUUCACCUCCUCCUCUGGUGCCCCAGAGUUACUUCCUGUGCUUCUGUGCUCCUAUUUCACAGGCCUGAGCAUGUUCAGUGCUGUUAGUGCAGAGCACAGUCUGUCUGUCUUAUGGCCAAUCCGGAAGCUUCGUUACCGCCCAAGACACAUGUCUGCUAUCUCGUGUGCCUUUCUCUGGAUCUUUUCCCUGCUUCUGGGCAUCCUUUUCAUGGACACUUUUGUGGUUUUCUCUGGGUCCAGCCUCGCCCUUCUGGUCAGGACCCUCGCUGGCUCCAGGCAGUUCCCAAUGACUAGGCUGAAUGUGGCAGUCAGGCUCAUGGUACUGUUCUUCCUCCUCUGUGGCCUGCCCAUAGGCACUAAUCUACUUGUGGUGUCCUGGUUUGUAAAUACUUCUGACCCUGAUUAUUAUGGUAUCAUUGCUUUAGCUCUGUCUUGUAUUAACAGCAGUACCGCUCCCAUCACUUACUUCUUUGUUGUCUCCUUUAGAAAGCAUCGACAGUCUCUGCAGUUGGCCCUGGAGAGGGUCUUACAGAAUGUAGCUGAAGAGGACAAAAGUGGAGAAAGGCUUCAGGACAGUGUGGAGAUGUCAGAAUAUCUUUAUUUUAGUGAUUCUGAAUCUGCAAGUGUUCAUUCACAGAAGUAG